AUGGAGACUGCAGCUUUAUUACCGCUGCUAGAGCAGCUGGACGACAAUGUUGAUGAACUCGAAGAGGUCCUCGCACCUAUACUAAGGAGUACUGUUGUUGAGACGUCGAAGAAACUACCAGUUCUGGACAAAGCCAAGUUCCAUGUGAUGAUCACUUAUGCUCUGGAGUCACUGAUCUUUUCAUACCUGCGGCUACACGGUGUAAAUGCAAAAGAGCAUCCCGUUUUCAGAGAGUUGACAAGAGUGAAACAAUACUUCGAGAAGAUAAAAACUCUGGAAACUCCGCCAGAGCAAAGGACCAUGGUACUUGAUAAGCAGGCAGCUAGUCGAUUCAUAAAGCACGGUCUUGCCGGAAACGAUAAGCUCGACCUGCAGCGAGAAGAACAACUUGCGAAGGAGAAAGCGCGCACGCAACUAAAGGCGUCUCUUUUGGCCAAGAAGGCGAAAGCGACGCCCGAAACAACAUCCAAGAACAUCUCAAGCGGAUCCAACUCCGACUUUAAUCCCAACGUCGACAGUGACGAUGAUGUUGUUGAUGACGCAGUGCUACAAGAUCCGGAGUCAUCUGAGAUAGCGACUGGAAGCCAAAAGAAAGCCAAGAAAAAGAAAGCUAAAUCCGGUGCUCAAGAAGCAAAGCAUAAAAAGCGCAGCAAGGAAGAUCGGAGAGAACGUCACAAAGAGAGGAGAAAGAAGAAGGAAGAGUCUCGGAAGGCGAGGACUUGA